AUGUACGUAUCGGCGGGUUUUUUACUGACUGUAAAAUACAGCGGUCAAGAGGAGACAUGCCGUCGUUGUGGAGAGCCGGGCCACAAAGCCGCAGAGUGCCCGACCAUCGUAUGUUUCAACUGUCAGCAACCGGGCCACAUGAGCGGCGAAUGUCCGCAACCAAGACGCUGCCGAACAUGUGGCGCGGAAGGUCACACAUCCAGAGAAUGUCGCCAGUCCUACGCCAACCAACUGAGAGGACACCGCCUGAAGGGAAGACCAAGCAGAACCGACAGACCCCCCAGAGCGGAGCCCACAACCACAACCAAGCCGGCCAAGCAAACCACAGCCGGGCCAGCCACGGCCGAACCAGCCGGGCCACCCACGGCCACACUUGCCAAGCAGACCAAACCCAAGAAAGCCCCACAGACAACAACCGAACAACCGAGACGCAUAAAAAUGAUCCCACCACCCCCCCAAACGACUGGGGAAACUACAACCACGACGGAGAAUACAACCACCACUGAAGACACCACUGACUCAGAGGCGUUUUAUCAACAGAACGCCUCCGGGAAAGUAGCCCUACCCACCGGAAGCGAGGACCCCAUCGCCCGGACCAAGUCAUGGAAAACACAGGUGGCCGAGGCAACCCGCUCAUCCUCCGAAGGUUCUACCAUUUCCGUCAUCCCAUCCAAACGGGGACACUCCUCGUCCCCCCAGGAACCAAACGGGGACGAGGGCUGGUGGGCUAUCGAUCGCCCGAGGCGCAACAGAUGA